AUGGACGAUACCGAUAAGCAGAAGAAGGAGACGGAGGAUGUCGAAAAGCAACCAUUACUUGCGCAACCGAGCUUGCUAGAUUAUAAGAGCUUAGGUUUUACGACUGCAAUUAUAAUAGUUUACUAUGCCUUCUGCUCGUCAUUAAUGUUAGUCAUAAACAAGGUCGCGAUCCACUACAUUCCUGCCCCGACCUUCAUCCUCUGCACCCAGUUGAUUGUAUCUGUGCUCGUCGUGCUGUUGGGCCACAAGGCAGGCUGGUUAGUGGCAGACAAGUUAGAAUGGGAGAAGGCGACCAAGUUUGCAUGGGUUGUUGUCGGUUUCCUAGGCACACUGAUGGCGAAUAUCAAGGUGCUUCAAAACGCCAAUGUGGAGACCUUUGUCACCUUCCGAUCCUCCACUCCCCUGGUUCUGUCCAUUUGCGAUUACGUAUGGCUGGGUCGUGCACUGCCCAGCGUUCGGUCAUGGUUGUGUCUGGUGGUGCUGCUGGUGGGCUCUGCGGGCUACGUGCUGGUGGACGCGGACUUUAAAAUCCAUGCAUACUAUUGGCUACUGUUGUGGUACGCGUUCUUCACCUUUGACACGGUGUACGUCAAGCACAUGUGCGACACUGUACGGAUGACCAACUGGGGCCGGGUGUACUACGCCAAUCUCAUGGCUUCCGUACCGCUGCUGGUGGUCCUGCCUUUGACCGGGGAAGGUGCCGUACUGCGGGGGCUGACGUGGAGCAUUCCCGGGAUCUCUACUUUGGCGCUGUCGUGUGUUUUGGGUGUGGCCAUGUCCCACGCGUCGUACUUGCUUCGCGAGGCGGUGUCCGCGACGCUCUUCACCAUUGUGGGCAUCAUCUGCAAGGUCGUUACGGUGGUCAUCAACGUCGUGAUUUGGGACAAACACGCCUCGCCGGGCGGCAUUGGGUUCCUCCUCAUC